AGCUGUCAAUUUCCGGCGCGGGAAAAUCGUAAACAACCCUCUUGCUCCUUACUACAGGCAGCAGCUAACAGUGUGAUUGCUAUGGACUAAAAAUAUAAAGUGCUCGUCUGCGAACGUUCUAGAACUUUUACUGGCGAAAUGAGAAGCUAAAGUUACUAACGGUUACUAAAAACGUUGCGUUUAUAACGUUAGCAAGCCAUUGCGUUGCUGUAACAUUAGCUUUCACCUAACACGUAACCCCAAAAUAUGUACGCGUUAUUAUAAAGAUAGCUAAAUUAUACAUUCUGUCAGGUAGUGGGAGUAUUGACCCUACAGUCAUUAUGGAUCACUACAACGACGUGAAACUUCUGCUGAAGAGCUGGGAGCAGGGAUUUGUCAGACAGCACCAGAGGAAACCCAACAAGGAGGACAUUGACCAAGCCCCAGAGGAGACCAGGAAUCUGUAUAAAGAGUAUCGCAGUCUGAAACUGGCUAAAGAGAACAGCAGCAGCACUGAUGCAACUAGUAGAUACAUUGAACAGUCCAGAUCUACAGCUGAGAAUCACGCAGCACAGAAGGAUGCUGAUUGUUGGGGUGCCCAUCUGAAUCGCAGUACAUUGCCGGUGUCUUCUCCCAAACUGACAUCCCAGGACAGAGACAGUCUUAAGGCCUCAGCUCAGUACUAUGGCCUAAAACUUAAAAACAACCUGGGUACUCUCAGUAAGGAGAGACCCGUCUCAUUGAAGAAGUCAGGCUUUCCUGGUCGGUUGCCUCUAAACUCCUUGAGAGAUGGACAAAGUGGACAGACAAACAGCCCCGUCGCUGCUGCUGCUACUGCCAGAACCACAUCCACUGAUCCUGAAUCCAGCCCCUUCUCACCAAGAAGAGUGAAACCUUGUCUAGGAUCUCUGGCUUCAAAGGAGCUCCAUCCAGUGGAGCCUGAGGAACCGUUUCAACCAUUUGAACCUGUCAGAGAGUCUUGCGAAGAACCUGUAAAUGCUACCAGUAGUAGUAGUGGCAAUAAUAAUAGUACUAAGAGUAGUAAUGGUGAAGUUAUUAGUUCACACAGUCAAAAUGCUUCGAGUCUUGCUUCUCCAUUCAGAUCCUCUGCCCUGUUUACAUCACUGUCUCCUCCUGGUAGUGUAGGAACCUCAAGAGAAGAUGCGGGAGUCUCAGGGAAGUUAAAUGACAGUAUAAGAGCUUCAGAAGACAUAAAAGGAAAUGCCAAAACUGUAGGAACUUCACAGGGAGGCAUUGGGGCUGCAGGUGUUGGCAGUUUGUCUGGCUUGAGAGGAAGCCCACAGCCUGUUGGAAGUUUCAGAGGAGGAGUGAGAGGAAGGCCCUCUCCUGCCAGCAGGCUGAGCUCUGUGGACAGGAGGUGGCUAGAGAGGUGUCAGGUGUUUGGAGAGAUGGGGGCUGAAGAGAGGCCUGGAGCAGGAAACCAGGAGAUAGAGCUGACAAAAAAAGAGGGAGAGAGAGCAGAGGGAAAAGAAAUUGAAGAAGAAAAGCAAGGAGGUGACAGAGGAGGGAAAGGAGCAAUGGUAGAAGAGGGAGAGAGAAGUGGGAGAUUAGGCGUGGACAGAGAUGAAAGCUUAGAGAGCAUUACCAGUGACAGAAAAGUCAGUAAAAGUGCAGCGAAACAUGGAAAAGGAGGAGAGGAAGUCAGAGAGAUAAGGGAGGGAGACACUGAGAUGGCAAGAGGACUGACACCACCUCAAACACCAGAAGCCGACAGUGCGAUUAAUCCCAAAUCCAAAGUUACAAAGAAGAGAGGGAGGAAGAGGCAGAGAGAGGGAGAGAACAUGGAGGGAGAGAUGACAGAGGAAGGAGGAGUAAAGAAGAGGCAGAGAAAAGGCAAAAAGAAAGAGGGGAGCUCUGACGUAAACCCUAGCCCAGCUGAAGGAGGAGGAGGAGGAGGGAAGAAAAGGAGAACCAAGAAAAAGGGAGAGGAAGAGGGUGAGCCAGAAGAAGAGAAAGAAACCAAGGUACCAAAAAAGGUCCCCCAAGAGAACUUGUUAGGAGAAAUAGAAGAAGAAUUUGGAGCUAAGAGAAUGUCUUACACGCAGCCUGUCAGAGCCAGAAGCAUGAAAGGAGCAGAGGGUAACUUUGUGAAGAUAAACCUGAAGAAGAAAUCUCAUGUCAAAGGAUAUGCACUAAGAGGGGUUGCUCUACGCAAACAGUUGUACAUGCAGAAGUUCCAGCUGAAAGGGGAGCGUUUUGGUGGAGGUGGUGGAUUUUUUGGCCGAGGCAGGGGUGGCUUCAGAGGGGGCUUCAGAGGGGGCUUCAGAGGGGGCCUCAAUCGCCAGGGGGAUACCUGCUUCAAGUGUGGAGGGACUGGACACUGGGCCAUUGAAUGCAAAGGACGAGCCCCUCCUCCUCCUGUUUCUGAGGACCAACCUGUUGAGGAGGAACCGUUUGAACUACCCACCCUGGAGGAGGUUGCCAGGGCAACAGGAACGCUGCAACCCCAGCCGCUAUCAUCAACUCCCGGUAUCAAAGAGGAGCAGGGGGUCCAGGAGAAGGAGGGGGACAAUAAAGACGAGGUGUUGCUGAAUGUGAUUCGUCCUGACUAUGAACGCCCCGCUCCUCCACCACCCAUGGAACCACUUUAUCAUCUCAAAGAUGAUGGAAAAGUUCAGGCAACACCAGCCGAAGUGUUUGCAGCUCUGAAAGACCUCGGCUAUCAGUCGUUCAGACCAGGACAGGAAGACGCCAUCAUGAGGAUUCUGUCAGGUCUCUCUACCCUUGUGGUGUUGUCAACAGGGAUGGGCAAAUCAUUGUGCUAUCAGCUCCCAGCUUACCUUUACGCACAGCGAUCAAACUGCAUCACUUUAGUAAUUUCACCUCUAGUUUCACUAAUGGAUGACCAGCUGUCUGGCCUUCCAGCCAAGCUGAAAGCAGCCUGUAUCCACUCCAACAUGACGAUGAAACAGAGAGAAGCUGCGAUAGAAAAGGUGAAGUCAGGUCAGGUGUGUUUGUUACUCCUCUCUCCAGAGGCUCUGGUUGGUGGCGGUGGUUCAGGUUCAGGGUGUCUGCCCUCUGCUCAGGAGCUCCCUCCUGUGGCCUUUGCCUGUAUAGAUGAAGCUCACUGUGUCUCAGAGUGGUCCCACAACUUCCGACCCUGCUACCUAAGGCUCUGUAAGGUACUGAGGGAGCGUUUGGGAGUGCAGUGCUUACUGGGACUCACUGCUACAGCCACGCUGUCCACGGCUCUGGACAUUGCUCAGCAUCUGGGCAUCAAUGAUCAGGACGGCAUCGCAGUCAGAUCUGCAGCAGUGCCUCCAAACCUGCAACUGUCUGUGUCCAUGGACAGAGAGAAGGAUCAGGCCUUAGUAGCCUUGCUGAAAGGUGAUCGUUUUGGUUGUCUGGACUCCAUCAUCGUCUACUGCACCAGAAGGGAGGAGACUGCUCGUGUGGCGGCGUUGCUCAGGACCUGCCUGCAGGGAGUGCUGUUGAAAGAAAACCGCCAAAUUAGUAACAGCAGCCAGAUAGAAAGCAACCCUGCAGGACAGAGAAAGAAAGAACUGGCAAGGAAGAAGAUUCGUAAACCGCUGAAGUGGCAGGCCGAGUCGUACCACGCCGGCCUUUCAGGAUCAGAACGCCGUCGGGUUCAGAACAACUUCAUGUGCGGGGAGCUCAGAAUCGUGGUGGCCACUGUGGCGUUUGGAAUGGGCCUCGAUAAAUCUGACGUCCGUGGUAUCAUUCACUACAACAUGCCCAAGAGCUUUGAGAGCUACGUUCAGGAAAUUGGGAGAGCAGGGAGAGACGGAGAACCGGCUCACUGUCACCUUUUCCUUGACCCUGAGGGCGGGGACCUCCAUGAACUCCGACGUCACAUCUACGCAGACACAGUAGACUACUACACAGUAAAGAGACUGGUCCAGAAAGUUUUCCCUCCGUGCAAAUGUAAACAGAUACACCAGAAACAACAGGAACUUGUUAAGGACAUUGAGGACUCGGAGCUGUUGGAGAUGAUGGAUGUGUGUGAUCAGGAAAGCAGCCUGAACCCCUCCACUCAGCAGGACAUGGUGCAGUCCACAGACUACAGUCACCAUGCAGACAUACCAAAACCUUCUGCUGCACAGGUGGUGUCACAUCCUGAUUCAGAGGAGCCACUUCUCCAAGAAGAUAAAGCUGAACAAAAGGAAGAGGAGAAGCAGGAGGAGGAGGAGGAGGAGAAGAAAGGAGAGAAGGGAGUUAAAGAAGAGGAGACGGAUGGUUCAGUGAAACAACAGGAUGUGGAGGUGAUGGCAGCUGGCGAUUGGCCGAGGGAGCAGGAAGUGGAGAGAAGCGAUUGGCCCAGAGAGCGAGUGUGUCACACCCAUGAAAGAGCGAUUCCCAUCCAGGAGACAGUAGAAGCUCUGGACAUUACAGAGGAGGGUGUAGAAACGCUGCUCUGCUAUCUGGAGCUGCAUCCUCAGCGCUUUGUUGAACUUCUCCACUCCACCCUUUCUGUGUGUAAAGUCAGCUGCUACGAUGGACCAAGACAGCUCAAGAAACUGACAAAAAUCUGCCCUCCGAUUGCUGUGGUGCUGGCCAGAAGGCGGAUGGUAGGCGAACGAGUGGAGACGUGUGAUCAGGUGGAGUUUGAUGUUGUCGAGGUAGCGGACACUAUGGGAUGGCAGCUUCCUCUUGUGAAAAGAGGACUCAGACAGCUGCAGUGGAGCACUGAUAGAGCUGGCGGACGUAGUGGUGUCCUUGUUGAAUUCUCCUCCCCGUCUUUCUACUUUCGUUCCUAUGGCGACCUAAGUGAUGAGGAGAUGGACAAAGUGUGUCAGUUCCUCCAUAAUCGAGUGCAGGACCAAGAGAGAACGCAACUCUACCAGCUGACCGCCUGCUUCAAGGCCUUCAAAAGUGUUGCGUUCCGAAGUGUAUUGUCCUGUGUAGAUGAUCUGGAUGAGAGUCGCAGUCUGCAGCUGAAAAACCUUCUCUCUGAGUACUUUGACAAGAGGCGAGACCGAGAUCACGCGCUCAAACCAGUGGACACCGAGGAGCUUGACAAAUUUAAGUUGUUAGACUGGGAGAAUCAGAUCAGAGCGGACAUUAGAAGUUUUCUUUCCAACCGAAGUGAUGAGAAGUUCUCUGGAAGAGCUGUUGCGAGAAUCCUCCACGGCAUAGGCAGUCCUUGUUAUCCUGCUCAAACCUAUGGAAAAGAUAGACACUACUGGAGAAAGUACAUCCAGUUUGACUUCAACCAGCUGAUCAGACUGGCCACUCAGGAAAUCAUUCACUUUAAGUGAAAUGCACACGCUGUUCAGCACAGGUGGACCUGGUUUAGAUGGGUUUGUUUUUUACAUGACUUGUACUCCAUCAUGUUAAAUUAUUUUAAAGUGUGAUGUUUUCUACAUGCUCCCCUUUUGUACAGAUGUUUAAAAUGUUUUUAUUUAUAGACUGAAACCAAAUAAAAUAUUUGUAUUUUUCUA